GAGGGAGAGAGAGAGAGAGUGGGCAGGGCUCGAGGUAUGUGAGAACAACAGCACGCCGGGCCAGUGGGACAGAGAGGGGGGAGUGAGACGAGAGUAAGGAGGGGAGGAAGAGGAGAGUGUGUGGUUAAGUGCUUGUAAGUGUGCAUGCAUGUGUGUGUGAGUGAGACUGUACAGGAGACAGUGUCCAGCAGGAAGACAGUGAGCCGGCAAAGAGAGAGAGAGAGAGAGAGAGAGAGAGGGAUGCUCGGAGAGGAUGAGGAGUAAGAGGGCGAGGCAGCAGCAGCAGCAGCAGCAGCGAGAGAGUGUGUGUGACUCUGUGAGUGUGUGAGGAACAGUGUGUGAACAGAGGGAUGCAGUCAUGUCUCUGUGAGAGGGAGCAGCACAGCAACCGUAACCAUGCUCAGCCCAAAGAUAAAACAGGCACGCCGGGCACGGUCCAAGAGCAUGGUGCUUGGAGAGCUGUCCCGGGUGUCCAGGCCCUGCUCUCCUCUGGACCAGGAGAAAGCUCUGAAGGUCGGCUGGCUGAAGAGACAGCGGAGCAUCAUGAAAAACUGGCAGCUGCGUUGGUUUGUCCUCAGGACCGAAGCUCUGUAUUUCUACAAGGACCAGGAUGAAACCAAGGCACAGGGUUGUAUUCCUCUGCAGGGCAGUCAGGUCAACGAGCUGCCUGCCAAUCAGGACGAGCCUGGUCGUCAUCCGUUUGAGAUCGUUCCAGGGGUUGCUGGAGAAAAGGAUCGGACUGGUAUGAGCCACGAAUCAUACCUACUGAUGGCCAACUCUCAGACGGACAUGGAGGAAUGGGUCAGAGCGAUACGUAGAGUCAUAUGGGCUCCACUAGGAGGAGGCGUCUUCGGGCAGCACCUAGAGGAGACAAUGUUGUACGAGGCCCAGUGUGGCCCUCAGCGACUGGUCCCCGUGCUGGUCGAACAGUGUGUCUGCUUCAUACGGGAACAUGGGCUCGAGGAGGAGGGCCUUUUCAGGGCCCCUGGACAGACCAAUCACGUUCGAGAGCUGCAGGAUGCAAUCGACCGGGGCGAGAAGCCGGUGUUUGACAGUACCACAGAUGUCCACACAGUGGCGUCGCUGUUAAAGCUGUACAUUCGGGAGCUGCCAGAGCCCAUAAUCCCAUUCUCCAAAUACACACAGUUCCUCUCCUGUGCUCAGCUUCUUACCAAGGAUAAAGCAAUGGGUAUCUCAGAGCUAGGAAAACAGGUGAAAUCUCUUCCUCAGGUCAACUACAACCUCCUUAAAUACAUCUGCAGGUUUCUUGAUGAGGUUCAGUCGCACUCCAAUGAGAACAAGAUGAGCGUUCAGAAUCUGGCAACUGUGUUCGGACCCAAUAUCCUUCGGCCCAGAGUGGAGGAUCCAGUUACCAUGAUGGAGGGAAGUUCACAGGUGCAGCACCUGAUGACUGUGCUGAUCAGCGAACACCUUCAACUUUACCAACGGGAGGAGGCUGAAACUGAGACCAGGACUCUCCCUCAGCAACAGCAGAGCGCUAUCCAGCGGUGUAAAGUGGAAUGGCUCUCACAAGAGGACACUGACACCCCAACCUCCUCUGGCCCAGUCGCCAAACCCUCUAAAGAAAAACCCCAAUCCUCCACCUCCUGUGCAGACACUAAGCCGACCGCACCGAGUCCUGUUCUGACAAAGGAGAAGAGUGAGGAUGGUCAGAUUGAAGGGAAGGGCGUCAGUAAGACGGAGGAGAAAGUGGACGAAAAAGACGACGGUAAAAGUGAAGGGAAAGGUGGGAGUGAUGUAGCUGUUAGCCCCAGUAAGCAGUCCAAAGCCCCGCCCUCCUGGAGGACCUCCUUCAAGGGCGGUGCAGCAUCUGCAGGGCCGAAGGGGAAGAUCGGGGGGUCGGCGGGAGACGUUUCAGCAGCUGGUGGGACCAACUGGCUGAUGAAUGGCCUGUCGUCCCUCCGAGCUCACAGGCGCACCACCUCAUCAGGUGAAAGACUUAAAGACUCGACACUCUCUCUUAAAGAGACCACUCUUUCACUUAAGGACACGCAGAGAGACUCUGAUGAAGACUCUCCUCAAACCUCUCUCUCUCACAGAGUUCUCCUUCAAUCCCACAGACUGUCUGCCUAUGACAAUGUCGCCCCCUCCAGUCUUAGCCUGCCCGCCGACACCUCCUCCCUCUGGACGUCCUUUGAGAUCUCAUUGGCCGAUCCGGAGGGAAGCGAUAAGGCGGUAAAAUCAGAGCCGGAUCAAGACAGGCCUACUGAGGUGAGGGACAGUACAAGUACUCUGGAUCAAAGUGUAAUCAGCACUGAGGAUGAACUUCCACAAACAAACGAGGAUCUCACCAGUAAGCUGGCCGAGCUGAAGCAGGAGCUGAAAAAACAGAGGACCAGCUAUGAAACCUGCAUUCGCAAGUUGGAAGAGUCCUGCUCUAAGUACCAGGCCCAGGUAAACCGUCUUGAGGAGGAGCUGGACCAGGAGAAGAAGAAGUUCAGCAUGCUGGAGAUCCGAUUCAGGAACUCGGAGCGGGCGCACCAAGACGCAGAGAACCGAAACGUUCUCCUCCAGCGGGAGAUGGAGGAGUUCUUCAAAACCCUGGGAGAUCUGACCACGGGUGCGACAAGGACCAACUAGACCAGACCCAACCUGCCUUCAUCUGGUCCAUUUAGAGGCGGAGGAGGAGCUCGAUUGAUGGGAAGAUCAGCCAGCCCCAAAGCUUUGAAGACCAAUUACCUCUAGUGCAGUACAACGUACCAUCGUGUCCUCUUUAGUAUUGCCGUCUUGUGCCUACACUGAGCAGUGCCGGUGCCAAACGAGGGCUCCUCUGGACCAAGCACCCCCUUAAUUUACCAUUCCCCCAAAAACCUGUAAUACACCAUAGAUCAUGUAGUUGACUAGAUUAUUAUGAAAGUGAACAUAAAGGGCCUAGUACAGUGCCUCGCAUAAGUAUUUAAAAUCCUUGAAGUUUUGCAUUAAAACUACAAAUCAAAUUGGUUUUAUUGGGGGUUGUAUGUACGGCACCAUCACAAAAUUGUACAUAAGUCUGCUAUAACAUGGUUUAAAUAUAAAAUGGUAUGAAACCAUAAAAAUGAGGUGCAAAUAUUUGCCUUAAGGUUAACUCAUGCACCCUCAAGUCGUCUCUUUUCAAACUGCUCUUGUUGAAUAAAUAGUGAAGAGCCUAAAUAAGUCUAUUUGAAAUUCCAGUAUGUAACAAGGUGAACAACAAGGGGUGGGAUGCUUAUGCAAGGCACCUGUACACCAGGUAUGGAUUUACCAAAAACAUCCUGUUUAUUAGCAUUAGAAAUAGUAUUUGUGGAAAGAAAUGUUGUAGUCAAAGAAGCAACACAAGAGACAUUAAAAUUCAACUCUUUUUAUUUGCUGGAGUUGAAGGUAGACAGUUUCCAUUUUUCUGAUGUAUAUAAUUAGUCUGUUAGUGAGGCAAUUACAGAUCCAAAGGCUAAAAUGUACACAACUGGCCUUACCCAAUCACUCCACAACAGGUAAACUCUGCACUGUCAGUGUUUGUCCGAACCCCAUCAGAAGACUGCUGCAUCAUCCCAGAAGCGCUGAAUGGCUGUCCUUUUAUUUCCUCUAAAUGUACCUGCACUAAACCAGAUUUGCUCAGAGAAAACUCAUGCGUAGUCUAUUCUAUCUUUUCUAUUUUGGAGGAGAUAGAGGAGAGGGGUGGGAGGGGG